AUACAGAAGGACAAAAAAGACCAAAAGAAAAAAAAAACUCUCGAGGCUCAUUCUCUUCUCGACGAGAGCCUAACCCUUCCUCCCUCUCUCUCUCUCUCGAUUCAGAUCGCUUGUUCAAUUAAUACACACCUUCUUCUUGUCCGAAUCCGACGUCAUUCCUUUCGUGUCUCACCAUUGACAAUCACCGAUCUUCAUCUCCUCCUCUACAUCAGAUCACCAGGUUCUAAGCGCUUCACUGUCAAUCUCUUGCGUCCGAUUGAGGUUUUUUCUCCUUCUCCUCGACCCAUUUCGGUUAAUCUCGUCUUGAGCCAAUAUCCGAUUUGGGUUUGAAUGUAGAUGGUCCAACACAAACAGAGUGAGAUAUGGACGUAAAUACGGUGCGUUUCGAGGUCGUCGUCUUCGUCCACAUGCAGUUUGGGGUUGGUACGUGCGAUUGAGCUACGAACUUUCAUCUAGAGAGAGAAAGGGAAAAAGGGUUAGGUAGAGAGAGAGAGAGAUACAGAGACAUGGCGACUCAGGUGGCGAAGGUGAGGAGGGAAGCGGUGGCGGCAUGCAUGACCUGCCCUCUCUGCAACAAGCUCCUCCGCGAUGCCACCACCAUAUCCGAGUGCCUCCACUCGUUUUGUAGGAAGUGCAUUUAUGAGAAAAUCACAGAGGAGGAGAUAGAAUGUUGUCCAGUAUGCAACAUCGAUCUUGGAGGUGCCCCAUUGGAGAAAUUGAGGCCUGACCACAAUCUCCAGGAUUUGAGGGCCAAAAUAUUUCCUCUAAAACGGAGAAAAGUUGAAGUGCCUGAAGUUGUCCCCUCAAUCACAUUACCUGCGAGGAGAAAAGAGAGAUCUAUCUCAUCCUUGGUAGUAAGCACACCUCGAGUUUUAGCUCAAGCUGGUACGACCGGAAGAAGAACAAAAGCUGUCACAAGAAAAGACGUACGAGGUAGUGGUUCCUUGGCCGAGAGAACUGUAAAGAAAGAAGAAGACUCUGAGGAUGACAAUACAGAGAGAAGAAGCUCGCCGGAAACUCUAGACAAAUUCACUCAGAACAAAAGGCAGGUAAAGAAGUCUUCGUAUGCAGAGCCUGGCCAUACCCUAUCUAAUGAAGAAACCAGGGCUGGUGAUGAACCCUGGGAUUCCAAAUUGGAUCUCUGGAAACCUUUGAAUUUUCUUGUGGAAGUGGCGAACAGGACAAAACCCUUGAAGUCUUCUACUUCUCAAGGCUUGGACUCUAAAUAUGAACAUGCAAAUGCACCUGAGAAUGAAGGUCAAACAAGUAAAAGAAAAACCAAGGAUCACAAAAGCAAAUUUAAAGUUGAGGAUGAGAAGAAUAAUAAAGGUGAUCCUACAGCAUCAGAAACAGCUACUCCUAAAAGAUUGCGUAGGACUCGCCGCAAAAGAUCUGCCUCUUUUGGUGAUUCAAGAAUUCUGCCACAACCAGAUGCACCAAAUGCAAAAUGGGAAAGGAGAGAUGGUCCUGUUUGGUUUUCUCUUGUGGCUUCCAGUGAUCAGGAAGGAGAGCCAUCCUUGCCUCAAAUUCCGGCAAACUACUUGAGAAUAAAGGAUGGAAAUAUUCCGGUUUCUUUCAUCCAAAAGUAUCUCAUGAGGAAGCUUGAUCUCGAGAGUGAAACUGAGGUAGAAAUAAGAUGCAUGGGAGAACCAGUGAUCCCCACUCUGCAACUACACAGCUUGAUGGAUCUAUGGUUGCAAACUUCGUCAAAGCACAAACGCGUUGCUGCUUCUAUAGGUUCCUCGGCCAAGGAUUUCGUUAUGGUUCUCGUCUACGCUCGCAAGAUUCCUGUUCUUGAAUCCAACAAGUAAGAAGGAACCGCUUUUCUCUGCAGAAGAAGAAGAAUAUCCUUUGCUGCUGCUGCUGCUUCGGAAACAGAGUAAUAAAACCAAAAUCUCCUGACAUGCAGCUGUUGUAUAUGGCGAUGAAACCACACCUGAAAUUGUUUAAGAGAAGUUUGAUGUAUUGCUAUGAAGUUCUUGGUUGGUUUUUACAGAACACAAGACACUAGAAAGAACAUACAACAGUACAUUGGUGUUUUAGGCAGAUGUGUCCGUCCGUGGACGUUGGAACAUUGCACGUUAAGAUGAGGUAAAGCUGUUGUCUUUCUAUGGAUAUUUUUUAGAUUUUUUGGUUUC